AUGGUGGAAGCUGCGGGUGUGGCGCGGUUGCGGGAGUACACUUGGGCUAUCCCACCAGCCCAUAGCAGAGCCAACUUCACGCCGCGAGAGAUCCGAAAGUUCACUGGUGGCCUGGUGAAGCUGAUCCGCUCCCACGAUGUCUUGCGCACUGAAGGCGUGCGGCAGUGGAUGGCCGAGCUGGAAUGGCUGCCCGCAACACCGACAGCGCCAGUGUGGGAUGACGUGAACAAGUGGCUCAUAGAGAGAGGGCACCGGUACAGUGUGGAAGGGGUAAGACCUGUUGCUGAGCUGCUAGAAGACUUGCCGCCCAACCUGGCAGUGGCGAAGGAGCUAGCCCCGCAGCUGCAGUUCCCAGAGUUUCCGGCAGACAAGCCUGGGGAAGAGUGGCGGUUCUACCCCACAGCAGUUGCACCGCCAGUGCCAGAAAGCGUAGCAGCCACCAUUUCAGCGCACAAAAGCGUUCCGCGCUGGAGUGCCGGGUGGCAGCUGGAAUUUCAUGGCACGUCGCUAUACGGGGUGUCAAGUGCCUUGGCUGUUGGCGAAAUUCUACCUUCCGAAAGUGACAACAGCGCCAAUGGGACGGCCUGCGGCCGAGGUGCCUACACCUCACAGUCCCAUGCAAUUGCAGCGCGAUAUGGCAUUUGCCACUAUUUCGGUGAGUGGAACCAGCCCAGCCACAGCCACUUGGUCAAGAUGUUCUUGCUCGUGGCCAUCCCUGGCGCUGCAGCUGAAGCAUUACCAGAAGCUGAGUGGCAGCAAGAUGAUGCACGCCUCAAACGGGUGGCCAUGCGACUUGGUGAAGAUGGCCAGGGCACCGUCCGGGAGCGGGACUGGACGACCCAGGCACCUGGCUAUAGCCAAGCCACCUCAUCAAGGGCCUAUGUGCUCGGGGCCGUCGUGGGGGUGCUGAGCCCAGCGGCUGCGCGGCGCUACGGGCAAGAAGGGAAGCAGGCCAUGGUCACAACUGGCUGGGUGGAGAAGGCAGAAUUGCCCCUGGCGCGGCCCCGCCCCUUGGGGCGUACGCCUUGA